AUGGGGUCUGCCGCAUCAAAGCCAGCGAAAUCUGCUGCAGGCGCAGCUGCACGUCGACAGUAUCCUAAACAGGCACCCGUGCCGCCAAGGGUACCCUCAACCGCUGCAAAGACAUCGCAAGCAACCCAAGCACCAUCUCCUCCCACGCCCGAAUUCGCACCCAGAUCACAGAGUCAGGCUCCUCCUUCAGGGCCGAAGUAUCACUCUGAGGAGCAGCCUUCCAGCCACAAGACAAGCGGUAUAUCCUGGACUUCCUUAACAAUUACUCGCGUCACAAAACACCAUACUGACUUUUGUGCGACUGCUCUAGCUAUUGAUCUCGACGGCCGAGAUCCGCACUUUGCCGCCUCCCUCCGCAACCUCGGCCCUGUCACACCGUCGCCUACUCUAUCCAACUCCAGCACUGUCAAUCGUGGGCCCAUGCAGUCUGUCUUCCCGUCCGCCUCAAAUCCAGCCUUGCUCGCGUUGGCGGCUCGUCAACGGGUUGCGGAAGCAGCGCAGAAAGAAUUCGACGAGCUCGCACACGGAAGUCAGGCAGGGAGACAAUUUUUGGACGCCUUCACAAUCUCACAGGCGUUGACAAUGCGCGAUCAGCAGAAAAUGGCCAAGCGGGACAUUGAACGUUCACUCAGAAUGAAGGAGGGAGUCAUGGACCAACUCGGAAAGGAUGGGCUCGUGUCUAGAGUUUCUCUGUAG